AUGUUUGGACGGCCAAACUCGGGUUUCGGUGGCUUCAGCUCCACCGCGAACAACUCGUCGUCUCCAUUUGGAUCUACAAACAACACCAACGCAUCCCCCUUUGGUCAAAAUACGUCUACGAGCAAUGCUUUCGGAUCAGGCUCUGGAGGUGGCAUUUUUGGCUCUUCAAACACCAAUUCUGCAUUUGGCAGUAACAACAAUAAUAACACGACCACCUCAGCUUUUGGUAGCAAUAACAAUCCUCUGACUGGUGGCAGUGCUUUUGGCUCCUCAAACACUGGGUUUGGAAACACUGGUGGCUCCGUGUUUGGAAGCACCAACAACGCUACGCAGAAUAACGCUUCUCCUUUUGGUGGCGCUACGAACAAGCCGUUUGGUUCUGCUUUUGGCACUCCUCAGAAUAACUCCAUCUCCCCCUUUGGUGGAGGAGCCUCGACGUCUGCCUUUGGAAGUGGUGCUGCUGGUGGAGACAAGGUGAAUAAUGGAACUGCUGUCAAGCCGUUUACGCCCUUCCAAGAGAAGGAUACUUCGGGCACCAACUACUACCAGAACAUCUCCAACAUGCCCGAGUACAGCAACUUUUCCUUCGAGGAGUUGCGUCUUAAGGACUAUGAGCAGGGGAGACGUUUUGGCCUGGGUACAUCAGCAUUUGGUCUGAACAAUGCGGGCACCUCCGCGUUUGGGCAGUCUACGGGUGCUUUUGGUCAGAAUACCAACACGGGAGGCAGCUUGUUCGGUCAGACUAACAACAACUCACCCUUUGGGCAGAACAACGCGGGAACUUCUGCUUUUGGUGGUGGAUCUGGUGCCUUUGGGUCGUCUAAUCUCAACAAGCCUUCCGGUUUUGGAACUGGAUCGGCCUUUGGUCAAAGCAACAACAAUACGUCUAGCGUUUUUGGAGCCAACAACAAUAAUCAGUCUGUUUUCGGUAGUGGAAACACAGGCUCCGCUUUUGGCGCCACUAAUACCAGCAAUAACACAAGCUCUCCGUUUGGAGGUGGUAACACUGGCGGAUUUGGAAGCAGUGGUGGGUUCGGCUCAAGCAAUACCAACAGUGGUGGUGGCCUCUUCGGCUCCAACAAGCCUGCCACUACAAGUGGGUUUGGCAACACGGGGCUGCCUUUUGGUCAGACUAACAACACCUCAGGAGGGGGCCUUUUUGGAGGAGGAGGCACUUCAGCGUUUGGUAAGCCAACAACCAACACGGGUGGCCUCUUUGGCUCACAAAACAACACUAACCAAGGCUCCGCUUUCGGUCAGUCGAAUACUAGCGGCGGUGGACUCUUUGGGCAAAACAACCAGACUGCAAACACUAGCGGAGGGUUAUUUGGAAGCAACAACAACAACACUCAAACAGGAACUGGUGGAGGGUUGUUUGGAAGUUCGAAUAACCAGGCAGGUAGCGGAGGAGGUCUCUUAGGUAGUAGUAAUCAAAACAAUCAAAGUUCUGGAGGAGGUCUCUUUGGAAACAAGCCUGCUGGCCAAACAGGUGGCGGUCUCUUCGGUGGCCAGAGCAACACUGGUACAACAGGCUUCGGUGCUACACAGAAUAACAACACUUCAACUGGGUUUGGCAGCAAGCCAGCUGGUGGGGGCCUUUUCGGCAGCAACAACAACAACACCACAUCAAGUAGUGGUGGCUUGUUUGGACAAAACAAUACCCAAAAUACCAACACCGGUGGUGGCUUGUUCGGUAGUAGCAACACAGGUAACACUACUGGUGGUAUCGGAAGUGGAACAAACACAUCGGGAGGGUUGUUUGGUAAACCCACUUCCACUUUCGGAGGUCAAUCCGGUGGCGGAUUGUUUGGCCUGAACAACAACACUCAACAGAACAACGCCACAGGCACCAGUGGGGGCUUAUUUGGAGGUAGUUCAGUACUCGGAGGUCAACAGCAACAGCAGCAAAACCAGACGCAAAAUCAAGGCCAACAAAGUUUGGUAAAUAUUGGAACGCAGAACCCAUAUGGAAACAACAAGCUCUUUCAGAGCAUACAAGGACCAGUCCAAAGUUCUGCUAGUCAAGCAGAGGUACCUAAGGCUAUUGCGGUGAACCCACCCGCCAAGAAACACGUUUCUCUUCUUGCAGCACAUAAGGUGGCUCCUCUCUUUGCUCCCGGCAAGAGAAUCGCAAAUUCUACGCCAAAGAAAGAUAGUGUCGUCACUGUUGACACCGUGAGAAACGGAAGAAAUAAGGACUUGUUUGACGCAGAUGUAGAUGCUGCCAUCAUGUCUUCCGAGAUAUUUGCACCAAAAACAAACUACAGAAAACUAGUUUUAAAUGGCACCAAGAACAACAGCAAUGGCUUGCUCACAUAUACCGAUACGAUGACGAGAACCCAUCAAGUGUCGUUCACUGUCGAUAACGAGAAGGAGAAUAUCGAGAAUGGCGACUCCAACCCAAAGGCCAUUGAGCAUGAGGAUGUCGAUGACGACGGAUACUACACGCUGCCUUCAUUAUCUGAGCUCAAGAAAAAACCUCUUGGCGAAUUGAGGGCAGUGAAGGACUUCACUGUGGGAAGAAAACACUACGGAAAGGUGAAGUUCCUCGAGCCUGUAGAUUUGUCCGCGUUCAACUUGGACGAAAUCUGUGGCAACCUCAUAACUUUUGGCCCAAAGAAUGUUGUAAUAUACCCUGAAGAUGACGAAAAGCCCAAAGAAGGCGAAGGGUUCAAUAUUCCUGCCCAGGUGACCCUAGAAGGGUGCUACCCAAUAAACAAGAAGACCAAGUUGUCAAUUCUAGAUCCGAAGGACGAGAUUGUCAAGAAGCACAUCGAGAAGUUGAAGGCGCUUCCGGACAUGACCUUUAAGGACUACGAACCAACCACCGGUAACUGGACCUUCACUUUUGAGCAUGUCUAG